CGUUCGCAGAUCGGUGGCGCAGUGAGACAAUCUUUAUGGCGGAAGACUCGAGGCAUUUCACAGACAUCAAAGAUAUUCGGCCCGGCAUAAAAAACUUACACUGUUUAUUCAUAGUUUUGGAAGUCGGGAAGCCCACCAAAACGAAAGAUGCUCAUGUUGUACGGGCAUGCCGUGUAGCCGACAAAACAGGCUCGAUUACCGUGUCUGUUUGGGAUGAAGUCGGCGAAAUUCUUCAACCAGGAGAUAUCAUUAAGUUUGUUCGAGGGUAUUCUUCAUUAUGGAAAGGAAGCUUAACCUUGUACACAGGCAGGGCAGGGUACUUGGAGAAGGUUGGCGAUUUCUGCAUGGUGUUUUGUGAGCAGCCAAACAUGAGUGAUCCUCAUGCAGAAUUUCUUCAGCAGUAUAAACAGAAUCUUCAGCAAGGCGAUCAAGGGAAAAACUCGCCCAACACUCCAACCACGACUGCGACAUCAACAUCUUCCAUGCCUCUGCGGAAUCAAAACCAUAAUACGGAACACUUGCCUAUAACGCCCCCUCCAAACAAUCACCAUUCAGCAGUGGGGUCAAAUUCAGGAGCUCACAGAUUCCACCCCUACAACAGACAUGAUGUUUCGAGCUCCCAGGGAGGUGCGCUGGCCAAAGUGGAUGCAUCACGCGACCCAAGGUUAAAAUUGCGGGGCAACAAUGGUGCCGGCAAUGGGAAUGGAAAUGUUAGCAGUUUUAUGCUGGCUCCAUCCAAUGGUAAUAAUGGACAUCAUAACAGUGAUCUAAGUGUGCGUAAUGUCAUAAACACCAGUCGGGAUCCACGGACUCGCAGAUGAUACACAUUGUAGUUAGGAGUGCUAAUAUAUAUAUAGAUAUUUCUUGCACAUUUCAGUAUUAAUUAGUGAAAAAAUUAUUCAGAUGCUUUUGUAUUUUGUACAGUGCAUGUAUGAAAUUUGCUGGUAAUAAAAUUAAAUAGGUUUUUCUUUCUUAUUUUAACAAAAAUAAAAUUAUUACAUAGUACAAUUUGGAACAAAAGAUCCUUUCAAGUCUCCAUGCAUUUCUUAAAGUAGGAAGAGUUCUAAUGUGAAAAAAGCCCUCCCUGCUGGUCUCUGUGGAGGCGCAGUGGUCUCAUGGUUAGUGCGAUUGGCUCCAGAUUGUGUGGUCUGGGUUCAAUCGCUGGCCGGGGACAUUGGGUUGUGUUCUUGGGCAAGACACUUUCCCCUCACAGUG